CUAUUGAUUCUAUUUAAAGGGACUUUGCAUUAAAAGUCAAUCAACUCUAUAGAAUCGAUAGAUUCUUUUAUAAAAGUUUAGCUUAAUACUUAAUGAAAUCGCAGAAAAAACGUCUUGUUGAAAUGUGAAAUAAAAAAAAAUUUAUUUCUUAUUUAUUCAAUUUAUUGAACUAAAAAGAAAUUAAACUUUGUAUGUACACUUAAAAGACGAGCUAAUAAUUCAAAUUGCAACGCAUACGUAAUGAAUUAUAAUAAUAUUAUGAAUACCAACUAUUACAAUCGAGCAUACUGCGAACUGCUUUAGGAUAAGCCGCAAUAAGGCAAAUGGGUGUACAGUUGAAAGGUUUCUACUUGGACGUCUCUCCCUGUUUGUUUACUGAGAAUUUGGGAAUUUUUGAAUUUUUGUUUGUUUACAUUUUUUCCCUCAGUGGUGUGGUGAGGUAAUAGCUAAUCCUUGGUGGAGGAAGGAUGAAGAAUGACCUGGAGUUGUUCAGCCUCAGGCAUAGGAUCUUUCUUGUGAAGCAAUUUUAUCAGGAGUUGGGGAAUUUUGCAUGCGUGAAGAAUAACUACGAGGACUACUACGGAGGUUGCAGCGACAGCCCAUUAUUUUCCAGAGAUGUCCUCAUUGAGAUUAUUAGACUCUUUGAGGAGACCGGGAGUGUCCUUAAGUGCCCCAUUAUCCCCGUGGGUGGGGCAAAGCUCGAGGAUUCACCGCUUGAGAUUGAAUUGGUCUGUGUGAAGACCGAAAUGGAAUGUGCAGAUGGGAAGUCCGAGGAAGCUGAUGUGAAGUCUGAGGAUGAUGGGGAGGAUUUCCCUGAAGCUUCCUUUGCUAGUCCACACCCAAGUGAAACGUCCCUCAAUUCACCCAAAGAGCUGUGUGAAGUCAUCGAAGAGGAUCCGGCAAAGGCAACAGAGAUCCUGGAAGACGACGAGGAUGAUGAGGAUAUCAAGGCAGAUCCUGAGGAAUGUGAUACAAAGGGUAUGGAGGUAGAUGGAGGACGCAAAGAGAUGCCGAAGGAACCUACAGUGACACAGAGUCUCUUUGUGUCGUGCGUGAUAUGCAACCACCAGUGCUUGAGGCGGGAACUCAUUAAGCACAUGAAGAGUCACGAGAAGAAGCGACGACACACAGCUAAGAAGCUAAUCUGUGAAUUCUGCGGGAAGUUCUUUGCCAACUUUUCACGUCUGGAUCAGCAUCAGACAUGCCAUAUGGAUACAAAGCGGUACAAAUGCCAAUUCAAGGGAUGCAAUGAAUCCUUCAAGUGGCUCUCAUCCUAUCAGCGGCACAAGGAAACUCAUGCCGAGCAGAAGAAGGAACAUCUCAAGUUUAAAUGCGAGAUGUGCAUGAAGUCAUUCCUCUACCUCAGCAAUUUAAGGAGACACAUUGCAAAUUCCCACGAUACUGGCGUGCGGUAUACGUGUGAAUUCUGUUCCAAGGAGUUCCGGAAGAAGCAGAAACUCCUCACGCACAUGAAGAUUCACGAUGGGGGUGUGCCACUGUCGGAAGUGGGGAAGAAGCGCCCCAAAGAACUCCGGCAGUGCGAGGAAUGUGGCAAAAUGUGCUCAACAGCAACGUAUGAAAAGCACAUGAUGACGCACAGUGGUGAACGUCCGCUUAAAUGUGAAAUCUGCGGGAAGGGCUUCAUCUGGAAUUGCGGCUACAAGACGCACAUGCUGAAGCACAAAGGUGUCGUGGUGAAGAAGAAUUGGCCAAUGUGUGAGAUAUGUGGGCGGAAGAUGGCCGGCGAACGAACCCUGCGGCUACACAUGAAAAAAAUCCACGAACGUCCGGAGCAGGAGUUCAAAUGCCAAGUUUCCGGCUGUGGUAGAUCCUAUCCCAAUGAGAAAUUCCUCCGACGGCAUAUGGAUCGGCACAAUGGGAAGCGCCAUCAGUGUCCCCUCUGCAACGUUGACUACAAAGAUAAAUCCCAGUUAAAGAUUCACGUGGAUAAAGUCCAUUCAAAGAAUGAUCCACCGCUCAAGUGUGAGAGAUGUGGCAAGUGUUCGUGGAGCAUAAAGGAUCACAGAGUUCACAUGCGGAAUCGCCAUAAAAUUGAAAUUCCCUACCUGCGGAAGAAACCACAGCAGGUGAAUUAGGAAAAUAAUGCAUCACAAAAGGUUUUUCUUUGUCCAAUGCAAUUUACAAUAGAAUUGUAAAAAAAAUAAGUUUAUUGUCAAAUAUAUUUAAUUGAUAAUUAUUAUAAAGAAAAUUAAACAUAAAA